UGUCCUACGGCUAGGAAAGAAGACCCAGUAGAGGAAAUACGAUACAUCUAGGGAUCAGACAGUUGCUAAAUUACCCUACGGCUAGGAGAGUAACCCAAAAAAAACACAAUACAUCUAAGGAUCAGGCUAUUGCCCUACGGUUAGAGAAAGUGGAUUUAAGUGAAAACGGUACACUAGGGAUCAGGCAAUUUAGACUAAAUGGAAAGAGAAAAAAAAAAGGCAAAAAAUUUUUGAACAGCAAAAAAUGGUCCUUAAUUUUUGGAAAAAAUGGUGGGAAAUUCAAUAAGAAUAACGUGACUGUUACUAAGAGGGACAAUUUAAUGCGAAGGCAAAUAAAUACCGUUUUCUUUCUGCUAUAGCAAUAUAAUUUGUUAGAAUGAGCUUAGAAAGUCUGAAUGAUGGUAAGUCAUUAAUGUCAUUUAUUCACCGAACUUAAUUAACAUAAUGUGUUUGCAACUAGAAAUCGCGUCGCAACUACUUGAUUUGGCGGGAGAAGCAAAACAAGUCCAGUGGAGCAGCUUCGUCGAACAAAUGUCAUCGCAUAUUAUAGACAGUUACAAUGGUGAUCAUAAAGCAACUUAUUGCUCAAACUGGAAAAAAAAGUUCAAAGACGUUUCUAAAAAGUUAGGACUUAACGUAAUUCGUGACGAAGGACAUGUGGAUGUUUGGACUGAGAAAAUUACCCCUCAAUUAUUCAAAAACACAACUACUUCAAAAAGCAGUUCUCAUGCUUCAUCGACAUCUUCAUUAAGUUAUCAACGUUUAUUAAGCGAAAAUGACAAAAAUUUAAUAAGCAGUGUUCAUCAAAAUAUCAAUCACAAGUGGGUCUUAAGUUCAGGCGCCGUAGUAGAAGAUACAAUUUAUAAACAUGCCAAAGAUUUUAAAGUCGAACACCCUCUCCACUCAUAUAUUCUUAGUAUUGACGAUCAGUUGAAUUCUAUGUUUACUGCAGAUGAAAUUAAAGAGAUUGAAAAGGAAAGUGGAUUUACUGAUAUGAGCAAAAGUUUACCUGAAUCACUUGUCAAUAUCUUAAUGAAAUUAAAAGGGAAGAAUGAUUUCAAAUCAAUAGAUCAAACUUUUCAAGAAAUGCGCUAUGACCGAAGAACUCAGCCUGCAGAAUACUGGUGUCGCAACAGCAUUUUAAACUAUUUGGAUUUAUUUAUUGAAAGUGAUAAUUUUACUCCUUUUGUCACUGAGGAGGAUCUUCUAAAUGAUAUGUAUGGAUUUUUAAAAAGUACCAAAAACAUCAGCAGAACCACAACAAAAAGUGGCUGUCAAAGUAGUGCCUCCAAUAGCAAUAAAAAUUCACAACGAGAGCUUGGUACCAAUCAACAAUUAGUACGUCAAAUCAACGGAGAUUGUUCCGAUCUCACCUUCAAGUUCCUUUCUUCGGAGUUAGGCUGUGUAGAGAUUGGUUUGGUUGACCAUGGAGCAAAUGGGACAAAAGAAUUGCAAGAAUCGAAGUUGAAAAGUCCUAAAAUGAUGCGAAGCUUUUGCAAGCAGAUGAUUGACCAAUACAAGAUCAAAGCGAACAAAAUCAAAAUUGUAUCAUUCAUUAUCAAUGCUCAAGUUAUGACAUUCACCAAAGGUUCCGUUGGUAUUUUGUUUUCCUCUCCUCGCUUGAAGAUGCCCGAAAAUAUUAGUCAAGUACCAGCUCUCCUUCCUCCAAUCUUGGCUUUGGUCUAUAACUGUACUUUAAUAAUCAAAGAAACGGCGCAAUUAUUGAAGGAUGAAAGUACGCACGUAAAUUUAAAUCCUUUCAAAAACAGCGACUAUUUCUUCCCGGACAGCUUUGUAUCUGAGUCAAAAGACUCAUCAAAAAAAAGAAAGAUCUCCCCUACAUGAGCUGGUGCUUUUUUUAUUAUUAUAUACACUCUUAUCGAUCAUUAUUAAUCAAUACCUAUAAUCAUUAUACCUACGAUAUGUUCAAUUUUUAUUGUUCUUAUUCAUUUUAAAUUCAUAGCACAAAAAAUAUCACCCCUCAUAUUAUUAACCUUAUAUUAUUGAUUAGUUUAUUAAAUAUUAUUUCUUCUUCAUCAUACAGCAUCACGUCAUAUAAAUUAAAAACCAG